AUGGCGGAUUCUCCACGUAGCAUACUUGCCCGGCUUGAGCAACUCAAACAAUGGCAGGAAGAACAAAAACGAGUUCUUUUGGACAAACAUCUCGCCCAACAGCAGAUCUUGGAGCGAGAGCAACUGAAAAUGUACGAGGUUUUAGGAUUGCGACAAUCUGCAGCAAAUGAAAAAGAUGGAGAGGAAUUCAGCGAUGAUAGCGUUAGUGAGCCGGAAUACGAGGAAACAAAUUUGGAAGCACAAAUUGUUGCUGAGCGGUCAUGGCAGGCUCCAGACAGUAAACUCAAGACAAUGUUCAAUUCCGAUGCUGAAAAACCUACGAUCGAGCAAGAGGAAGCUUUACUAAAAACGAAAAACAUUCCUAAAAAACGAUUUUUGAAACGAGGAGAAGGAUUACGUGCUAGGUUUAAAGUAGAUCCCAAUAAAUUUAAGCUGGACAAUUUACCUAAAUAUAAAUACGCUACUCAUAACAGGGAACGAAGCAAUCGCAAAAGUGAUGCAAAUCGAGAAUCAUUGCCUAAAAACGACGGCUCGAAUAAGACGAUCGCUGCUGAAAAAAAUCCACGAGUCGCAGCCAUAAAGCCAGAUAACGUAGAAUCAAAAAGAAAGUCCAUGGGAAAGGAGAUCCGCAGGAAGAGUGUUGAAGGUAUCGUUCUCGAUGUAAAUAGAGUUAAUGAUAAGAAGCUUGAAACUAAACGACAAGCUGGGGGUUCGUUGCCGUCGGGGGACUCGAUUUCGAAUGCAGAUAGUGUAGAAAAAAUCGUUGAUUUAUUUGCUGGCAAGGUUAAAUGUUUAAACAUUUCAGAAACUGAAACUAUCUUGCAAAAUAAAUCCACAAUACCUGACGCUCCAUGGAAGCAAAGGCUUAACCCGACGAUUUCGUUGAAUACGUCAAAGGAGCAACGUGAGCUGAAUUUUUUCGAAUUACUUGAGCAGAAAGUUGUUGGUAAGAGUUUUAAUUCCAAUUCGAGCAGCAUCCUUCGUUUCAUUGCGGCCAAUGAGUCAACUAUAAACGAAGAGAUAAUUAGUAAAGACGACACGGCUUACGAACGCUUAGAAUGUGGUCCUUUGGUGCAUCAGCAGGAGAUUACAUCGAGGGACAGACUUGCUCCUUCUCCAUCACAGCUCCCGCUAAGUAGCAGUGAUUCCGAUGCAAGUGAUGGAGAGAACGACAAGGACGGUCAGACGCAUGUACAUUUUGCGGACGAGAAGUCUAAUAAAUCCAGCAACGACUCGAACGAUACCGACCACGUGUCGUACAACCAUUUGGACGAAAUGACAUCCAGCAAAAUGUCUACGCCUAAUGAUAAAUUUAUUCAUCGAUCUCAAUCGCUCGAAAGAACAGGUGAGUCAGAUGAAAGUGAAGAAAACCAGUCGACCCACUGUAUGGACGACGAUGCAACCGUUGACAGUGCAAACGGACAAUCGGAGGAUGAAUAUGAGCGACAGGAGACCAAUGCAGUUCCUGAGUCGCUUGUAGACGACACACUUCGAAGUGAAAUUCUUGCAAAAAGUGAACUUCUUAAGGAAAGACUCUCGGAACUAGAACGGGAAAUCGAUAGCUAUCGUCGGGAGAACGCUGAGUUAAUACAGGCCAAACAGGACCAUGAACUGGAUCGGCUCAAACUUCAACAGGAUCGAGAAGAAAUGGAAGAGCGAAUUAACGACGAACGCAUUAAGAUGGAGGUUUACUUUCACGAUGAACGGAUGAAGAUCGAAUCAGAACGCAAACAGGCGCUCAGAGAGGCACAGAAACCGAAUAAAAAGGAUAAGGAAGAAAUUUUGCGGCUCAAGGAUGAAUUGGAUGAGCUGCGCAAGCAACAAAAGGAACGUGAGGCAAAGCACAGUGCAUCGUUGGCGCGAUUUCGAGCACAGGUGAAAACUAUGGAAAAAGAUCUGCAAGAAGUUCGGUUGGAGUUGGAAGUUGCAAAAAAGGACAACCGCCGUUUAGAGACCGAAAAUUCCCGCUUAAAACGGCAAAACAACAGUCGCAUGCUUGUUGAAAUUAAUCGAAACAUUGCCAAACUGGCCGCGGUAGGUCCUGAAACCGAACGACAGGAACCGAAAAAAGACGGAAAAGCCGAGAAACUACCGAGAAAGGCACAAAAACAGCAAAUUACAACACAGGAAAGAAAAACACUAUCGCUGGUGAGGGCAAAAGUUACGAGUCAUCCAUCGGCACGGGCAAAAGGUACUUCCCGUGCGACGAUAAUUCCAAUGCAGGAGGAAGAUGUUACAUCAGAAACGGAUGAAAAUGAAGAAAACAUACCGUAUUCAGAAAACGAUACAUCUGACGAAGAAGAUGAAGAUAUCAAUUCUGAAGAAGCGCUAGGUGCUAAUUCUAGUUCGAUGAAUGAGUGCGAACCGUCUUCUUACUUCUCUAAAAAAACGCCCACGGUUCGUAAAACACUCUUUGAUGCAGUGAACCUGAACGACGCGUCCAUGCCUCGACAAGGCCUAGUGCGGAAAGAAAAUCCCCCUACGAAAUGCGAUUUGCUUGAUCGAACGCCUGAAGCAGCGGAAAUGAUCAAGAGCAUGAAAAGGGAGAUCGUGAAUGCUGACGGAAGCCGGGACGUCUGGUAUCCCAAUGGGAAUCUGAAGAAAAUAUCAUCAGAUGGGCUUAUAAUUAGGAUGCUAUACUUCAACAAGGACAUCAAAGAGACGAACAUGACGGAAGGCACGACCAAGUAUUACUACUUCGAAACCAACACCUGGCACACGACCUACCUCGACGGGUUGGAAAUAUUAGAAUUCCCAGACGGUCAAACCGAGCACCGGUUCAAGGAUGGGUCGACUGAGGUGCACUUCCCCAACGGCUCGAUACGUACAACGAACCCGAAUAGCGCAGAUAUUGCCGAAGAGUGGAAGUACCCGGACGGAACGGCAGUGAUAAUUAGGAAAAACGACGACAAGGAGAUUAACUUACCGAAUGGUCAGCUGGAGAUACACACUCAAGCCCAUAAGAGGCGGAUCUAUCCGGACGGGACGGUGAAGUUUGUCUAUCCAGACGGAAGCCAGGAGUCACGGUACUCGAACGGUCGGAUUCGUUUGAAGGACAAAGAUGGUCGUCUGAUUUCCGACACUGGCGGGGGAUCUGGAAAGCCUCAACUCUAA